AUGCUAAGACAAAUAUGGAUAAAGAGAUUAUAUAGCACAAACAAAGUGGCUCCGAAAGCUUCAACUCAACCAACCAUAUUUGCAUUAUCAACAAAGUUUGGAAAGUCAGCUAUAGGAGUAGUUAGGAUAUCAGGACCACAAUCAUCAUACAUUUAUAAUGAACUAACAAGAACUAAGUCAGAACCUAAACAUAGAUUAGCUAGUGUGAGGAAAUUAUACAACCCCAGAAUUACUUCCGCCACAUCAUCACAGAUAUUAGACGAAGCUUUGACAAUUUAUUUCCCCAAACCCAAUACUUAUACUGGUUUAGAUUUAUUAGAAUUACAUUUACAUGGUGGAAUAGCUAUAAUAAAAUCAGUCUUGAAAUCGAUACGUCAAUUACAUGAUCCCGAAAAUGGCAUCAUCAUAAGACAAGCUGAAAAUGGAGAGUUUUCAAAACAAGCAUUUAUGAAUGGUAAAUACGAUUUAACUGCACUAGAAGGUAUUAGUGAUAUGAUUAAUGCAGAAACUGAACAACAAAGAAUUGCUUCAUUAGCUUCUAUGUCAGGUGAAACUAAAAUUAUCUUCGGAGAAUGGAGACAAAAAAUAUUGGAGAAUGUUGCUAACCUAACUACAAUUAUUGAUUUUGGGGAAGAUCAAGAUAUAGAAGAGACGUUAACCUUAUUUGAAGAUGUUGACUCUAAAGUGUCAUUACUUGAGGAAGAGAUCACACAAUAUUUAAAAAAAGUUAAAUCUUCGGAAGUGCUUUUAAAAGGGAUUCAAUUAACCUUACUAGGUCCCCCAAAUGCAGGAAAGUCAUCCAUCUUAAAUACUUUAUCAAACAAAGAUGCCGCGAUAGUGAGUGAUAUAGCAGGAACCACUCGUGAUGUAUUAGAUAUCCCAUUAGAAAUUAGCGGGUUCAAAGUUGUGUUAGGUGAUACUGCAGGUAUAAGACUGAUGGAAGAUGCUGACCAAAUUGAACGAGAAGGUAUUAAAAGAGCUAAAGCUAAAUCUAUAGGUGCUGACUUGAAUGUAGUUGUGUUGGAUCCUACUUCUGAAACUGAUAUAAGUGAUAUUGAACAUCAUGUUACAGAGUUAGUACAUGAUUAUAACAGAGAUGUACUUGUUGUACUCAAUAAAAAAGAUCUAUUUAAGACUAAUAGCAAAUCAUUGAUAACAAAAUAUGCCUCCAAAUUCAAUAUUUCAAAAGACAAGUUUUACGUAGUUUCAUGUACAACAGGUCACGGAAUAGAUCAACUCAGAGAAGCAUUAGUUAAAAAGUUUCAUUCAAUAACUUCAUCAGAAUCAUCAGAUCCAAUAAUUUUGUCAACAAGAGUACAAGAUAUACUUGAAAAUGAUGUACUUUAUGGGUUCAAGGAAUUUCAUUAUUGGAAAGAACAAGAUGACGUCGUUUUAGCAGCUGAAAGUUUACGACAAUCAGUUGAAGGAAUUGGUAAAAUUACCGGUGAAGCGAUUGGUGUUGAAGAGAUAUUGGGAGUUGUAUUUUCGAAUUUUUGCAUUGGUAAAUAG